GGUGCCACCAUCGUUGCGGGCGGACGGGCGUGCUUCGCGCGGACCAAGAGAGUGUGUGUGUGUUGUGCCAGUGUCUGUGCGAUCAUGUGAUUGAGGAUUACCUUCACCGACGUGCCCUGCUCGACGAUGUGCCGGACGUGACAUGGUGCUGGAGCCCAUGUUCCCCGCGCGGCCCCUGGGCGGCCCCGGCCUCGGCGGCCCCGGACCCCUGCCCACCAACAUGGCUGUGAACUUCGCGGGCUCCGACGUGAUGUCGCGCCUGCUGCACGCGUACCGCGGGCUCGCCAUGGCGGGUCCCUUUGGCCCGGGCCCCAUGGGCGGGCUGCCCCCGCCGCCGCACCACGCUGCCGCACGGGGGCCGCCGCUGUUGCUCCGGGGCAUCCCGCAGCCGCAGCCUCACCCGGGCACCAUUGCGCACCCGGGCCACCAUCACCCGGGCCACCCGCCGCUCUCGCCGCCCGGCGUCAGGCCCUUCGACAGGCAGGACCCGAGGUCCUCGCCCAACGCCCCGACGCCCAACUCGGCGCACGACGAGGCCGCGUCUCCCGGUGGAGCUGAUGAGGACGAGGCGUCCAAGCGUCGGCGCUCCAGGACCAACUUCAACAGCUGGCAGCUGGAGGAGCUGGAGCGGGCCUUCCUGGCCAGCCACUACCCCGACGUGUUCAUGCGGGAGGCGCUCGCGCUCCGCCUCGACCUCAAGGAGUCACGGGUGGCGGUGUGGUUCCAGAACCGGCGCGCCAAGUGGCGCAAGAAGGAGCACACCAAGAAGGGCCCCGGACGGCCGGCGCACAACGCGCACCCGCAGACCUGCAGCGGCCAGCCCAUCCCGGAGGAGGAGCUGCGGCGCAAGGAGCAGGACCGGCGCGAGAAGAAGAUCCUGCGGGCCCUGCAGCGCCAGCAGAAAAAGCUGGCCUCGAAGGGCAUCACCGUAGACCUGGAGACGCUGAGGCGCGAGUGGGAGGCCAGGGGGUCCUUCGUGGGCAGCAGGAACGGGUCGCGGAAGGGCGGCGCGGCGGGUGGCGCGGGCGGAGGAGCGCCCGGGGUGCCCGGCGACGAGGACAGCAGCGACAUCGACGUGGUGGGCGACGACGACAGCAUGGACUACGAGUCCAGCAGCACGGCCGCUCCGGAUGACAGCGGUAACGACGACCGGCCGCAGUCGGGCCAGGGCCACGCCAGCGGGCCUCACGGCCUCGGCCCCAUCAACUACGUCAAGCGCGAGGCGCCGGCCGCGUCGCCGUCCGAGGCCGCGAGCACGCCGCUGUGCGAGGACAGGGCCUUCUCGUCGGUGGCCAAGCCCGUGCCCGUGAGCGGGGCCAGCCCACCGCUACCACUCCCCCUGCUGCUUAACAACAACAACAACACCGAGGAGGCCAACAACAACAACCAUCAUCACCACCACCUCCACCACCACCUGCACGGCAAGGACUCCCUGCGGAGCAGCCCCGUCAAGCUGAGCCCCUUCAGCAUCGAGUCGCUGCUGUCCCGCGGCCACGGCCUCGGCCACACCAUCAGCCAGGGCCUCGUCCACGCCGCGGAGCCCGUGGAGUCGUGACGGCCGCGAGAAGAUCUCGACGACGAUCGUCUUCGCUGAUCGUUUCCAUCUGUGAUAAGUGAACUUCAAAACUGAAGCGUCGCGCCAACCGAAGAUAAAUGUGCUGGGGGACGAACCGUUUAUUGGAACACCCGAAGCCCUUCAAAGUUUUUGAUGUGUCACUGGGGAAAGUGAGAAGCAUCAAAGAUGAUAGAUUCAAAGAAUAACCCUUAUUUUUAUAAUAUCUAUGACCUGUAGACUGAAGACUGUGAAGAAGAUUGUGUGUCUUCUGCCGCAAUAUUGCUUGCCUCCUGUAGAUGGUGACAAUACUAGUAUUCAUGUACUCUGUUCACCAAGCAUAUCCUCUCAAGUGGAGAUUAUGUUUUCAGUAAAUGGAAAAAAUAUUGAAGCAUAUCGGUCUAAAUUUUAGCAUAUCAUCUGAAAACAUGUAACCAAACUUGUAGCAGUCUCACUGCCUUGGUGGAUUGGUGAUUCUUUGAAACUCAUCGCUCAUAUCAUGAAGUUCCAUAAGAAAAUGACUCUUCGUCUUUUAACGACACUAAACUUUAUUUGAGUCAAGUAAUUUGAAAGAAUAAACGAAUAUUGUUACUGUUCCCUGUAGAUCUCCAAAGCAUUAUUCUUCAUGCUUUAGGUAAGCCACAGCACUGUUUUUAAGUUCCUUUUAAUUAUAUGUGUAAAUACAAAGUAUUCUAGUCAUGAAAUGAAAAUAUUGUUUACUGAGAGAGAGAAUUUUUUUUGUCGUGUAAGUUGAUGCAAAUUAUCCUAUCUAUAUCUAUCAGACAUGUUGUGAUAUGGCGCCACAGUUACGCUGCGCCGAGGUGCCGAGUAGUGUAUAUUGAUGAACAGUUAGUGUUAUUGUUUGAUAAUAAAGGUGAAGAUCUCCAAGUUGCA